AUGCUUCGGCGUUUGGUUAGUGCAGGCCGGGCGUUGCGGGUACCUCGUCGAGAAGCUCAAACACAGGUCAAAGGAAGUGUGGAUAAAGCAGUAGCAUAUUAUUAUGACGUUAUUGGGAUAACAGAAGUUACAAAAGCUAAAGCUGAUGUGAUCCAGGUAAGAUUUUUAAUUGUUUCUUGAUUUUUAGGUGAUGUGAUACAUUCUUUUUGUUGCCGAAGUAUUCUAUUUUGGUUUAUUUAGUGGGAGCAACGAUUGAGCGAAGCACAACUUGCCAGACGACAAAAACAAUUCGAGUUGCGUAAACUUCAGGCAAGACUCAAGGAAAUCCACAAUGAACUCGACAGAACUCCUCGAGGGCAAGAUCGUUACUUGCAUUUGAUCACCGAGGAACACGAGAACAUCAAGAAAGAACAUAAUCUAAUGGAAGAGUUUGAAAUUUUGGAGAAUAACGAGAGGGAAGCGUUCCAUCAGCUUUCUAAUAAAGUAGGAGAAUAUAAUCUUGAUUUUUUCUUCAAAUUAGAUCAAUUUGGUUCUUGAUGUCAGUCUUCUAUUGAAUAUCUUUUUUCAGGUAAGAGUAAGUCAAGAGAAGGAGCGGGAACGAGAAGAGCGAACCAAGUACUGGUCUCUAACAGCUUCGUUGAUAGGUGCACUCCUCGGAAUCAUUGGCACAUCAAUAGGAAACGAGUUGCGGAUGAGGAAAUUCAGGGACAUGCUGCCAACUUCUUCCGAAGUCAGACCUCUUCUCGAAGAGAUCGCUCAAAUUACACAUAAGGAACAGACACAGGUAAGAUAAGUUUAAUUAAUGCUGAUUUCUGUUGUCAUUGACGGUUUUGUCAGCUGAAUAUUCUGUUUUUAGAUCAGUGCUUUCAUUGGGGAGCUGAAGAAAGUAUUCGAGCUGGAUUCUCCAAAGCUGGGAAAUGUUAAACUUGAAAAACCAGAGGGAGAUGUUGAUCGAUUUGUGAAAAUAAUCAAGGAUCAGGUGAGCAGGAUUUUUAUACAUAAAUAUAAGAAGAUUGCUUUUUGUUUUGAAAAUAAUUUUUUCUUCAAAUUUCAUUUCCAGAACGCCGAAUUGACCUCUCAAAUGGCCGAAUUAAAGCGGCUUUUGGCCCUGAACAGAGCUCUUGAAGCCGAUCCAAAUGCCGUUGUGUAUGUCGGAGAUGAGAUGGAACUCCUGUUGAAGAAGACCGAAGAGAAUAUCGAGUCCAAAAUGAAGCUACAGACCCUCCUAAUAGUUGUGCUAGCAUAUGGAAUAGUGGGUGUUGCAGCGCCAUUACUAUAUCUCUGGUACACUCGAGAUUUGUAG